UGGAUUUCUUGUGGAAGGUUUCUUGUGGUCGGGCCUCCACUGUAUUGGCCAGUCUGCGCUCGGCCCAGGGCACAUUCGGCCCCUAGCCAUUGUGGCUCGAGGCCCUGUUUGUCGGCUCGGAGGGCCCCUCGCCUUGUAGCCGGCUGCCCGCGCGUGGCCGCCUCCGCGCCCGCUGGCGCGGUCCCCCCUGCCUCGCGCUCCGCAGUGUCCGCGCUCGGCCAUGCCAGCCCGCCUGCGCGGCCGCGCCACCGCCGCCAAGAGCCCGCCCGGCACCCGGGGUCCUGGCGCUCUGCCCCGGCGAGCGGGCCGCGCUCCCGCCCCGACCGACGCCGCACCGCGCGGGGGCGCCCGCCUACGGCAGCCGGCCCUUCCGGCGGUGCAGGGCCCGACGCCGCCCAUGGACCUCUUCCACAAGACGCGGCUGUGCAGGUUCCACGAUCUUUCCCUUUGCGCCAGGGGUGCCGAGUGCAGCUUCGCGCACGGCCAGGGUGAGCUGCAAACAAUGCCGGACCUGACGAGGACGCGCCUCUGUCAGGACCUCAUCAGGACCGGCAUGUGCAACAACAACAGGUGCGCCUUCGCGCACAACGGGACCGAGCUCCGCCCCAGGCCCUCCAAGAAGAGCAUCCUCGCCGCCCGGGCCUCGCGGGCCGCAGAGGCCCCGGCCACCAGGCACUGCUGCAGGGCGGUGUCCCUGACGAGCCCGGGCGCCCUGGGCAUCGCCGGGGUCGCGGCGGCGCGGGCGGCGGCACAGCAGCAGCCCUCCGCCGCCCGGGGUCGCCGGGGCGAGGUCGCGCACCUGCAGGGCCCGGGCGCGCUGGGCGCCGCCGGGGGAGUCCCCCAGGAGAAGGUGCCCUGGCGCGGCGGGCAGACGCCCUCGCGGACCCCCUCCGACCGCCCGCUCGGGGAGGCGGCGUGCGCGCCUCGCCGCCUCGACCGGGGCGGCUCGAGCCCGGCGGCCUCCACGGCGACGGGAGGCGAGCUCACGCCGCUCGAGAGCUGGCCCAGCGGGCCGUGGCAGUGGGCGGGCCAGCAGCGCACGCCCGCGGCCGACCCCGAGGCGCACCGCGAGGGUGACGGCGAGGGCACCGAUGACCCCGCGGACGGGGCGCCGGGCAUGGAGAUCGGAGUGAAGAACACGUUCGUGCAUGUGACCUCGACGCCGACCAGCCUCCGCCGCAGCCGCUCGUGGCCAGACAGCUUCUCCUGACAGAGCCGGGGCGUGCGGCGCAGGAGCGCUCGCGCGUGCGCGCUUGCUUGGCGCUUGUUGAAGCGGGCGCCUGUUGGCUGACUUGGCCCAGCACCGGUUCCGACCAGCUGAAUGCAGGGUGGUCUGGGUAUUGGUUUUGAGCGAAUUUGACGGGCCCAGGCAUGGUUGGGGGGGAGGAACAGCAAUGCACAAGCGUUCUGUUUCAGCACGCCAGUGGUAGCAGCUGCUGGCACGGUGCCUAUCGCAGCGCAGUAAGUUCGGUCGGUAGUUAUUAUUGUGUAGCAGUGGCAGUGGCAUUGUGGAGCAGUCGCCCCCAUUGCAGAGCAGUGGCAGGCAAAUGAGCAGCAGCGUGCCUGGAAUUGCAACAUCUCAGCGGAAUCCGAUCUCCCCUCCGCCGAGAAUAGCAAGGGCCACUAUCGGAUUGGAGCCCCUGAUGCAUCCUCUCCUACUGCACUGCGCCUCUUGUCUAGCAACUUUGGCGGCGCCUGCUGGCACGGGUCGGCAGCAGGCGCCGCUUUUCAAGAUUACAUUUGAACGGAUUGGCGCUUUCCAUCAACAUUUCCCGCAGCACGAGUCGUAGACACUUUUUUUUAGGGCGCGCAGAGAGGUGUGCUCUGCGCUGCUGCGGCCCGGGGCCCAGGGUGGCGCACUUCAGACUGUCUUUUGUUGUUCUCUUCGGGG